CAUAUUCAAACUUGAACCGUUUUCUCAUUCAUUUUGCGGCGUGUUUUCAUUCUUAGCGAGUUUUUUUUCUUUCUUUCUAUAUACCAUUUGAACGGCACACCCUGCGUGCGUUCCUCCAUGUUUCUACGUGAAGAUGAAGUUCUGCAAGACAUACCAGGAGUACAUGCAAGCCCAGGAGCAGAAGAAGCUUCCUGGGGUUGGCUUCAAGAAGCUCAAAAAGAUCAUGAAAAAGUGUAGGAGAGACUCUCAAUCCCUUCAUGAAUCACUUGGCAUCAAAUCCUGCCCUCAUCAAUGCCCAGUGUGCGAUGGGACAUUUUUCCCGUCCCUUCUCAAUGAAAUGUCAGAAAUAUUAGGGUGCUUUAACCACCGUGCCCAGAAAUUGCUGCAGCUACAUCUUGCUUCUGGCUUCAGAAAGUACAUUCUCAAGUUGAAAGGAAAAUUCAAAGGGAAUCAUACUGUCCUUGUUCAAGAAGGAAAAGAUCUAGUCACAUAUGCACUGAUUAAUGCCAUUGCGAUACGCAAAAUACUGAAGAAAUAUGAUAAGAUUCAUUAUUCCAAGCAAGGGCAAUUGUUCAAGUCACAACUCCAGACAAUGCAUAAGGAAAUUCUUCAGAGUCCUUGGCUUUGUGAGCUUAUGGCAUUACACAUCAACUUAAGGGAAACUAAAGUGAAGUCAAAGAAGGCGGCACCUGCAUUGCUCGAUGGAUGUUCCCUGGCAUUUACAGAUGGAAAACCCUCACUUACUUGUGAGAUCUUUGAUUCCAUCAAAAUUGAUAUUGACCUGACUUGCUCUAUUUGUAUGGAUACAGUAUUUGAUCCAGUUUCUCUGACUUGCGGCCACAUAUUCUGCUACAGUUGCGCUUGCUCAGCUGCAUCUGUAACUAUUGUUGAUGGACUUAAGGCAGCAGAUCCAAAGGAGAAAUGUCCUCUAUGCCGAGAGGGAGGAGUUUAUGAAGAUGCUGUUCACUUAGAAGAAUUGAAUAUUCUGUUAGGCCGAAGCUGCAAGGAUUACUGGGAGGAAAGGCUUCAGAUGGAGAGGGUAGAGAGGGUUAAGCAAGCGAAGGAGCAUUGGGAAAUGCAGUGCAGGAACUUCAUGGGUGUCUAAGACCUUCUUGAGCAUCUAUGUAAAAAAGCAACUUUUCUUGGGUUCGAUGGCUGUUUUAGGUUGAACCUUCUUGGUUCAGUUGUUGGUUCUAAUUUUGCAAGUAAAGCAGUAGCAUUUGUGCAUGUUGUAAAUACAUGAUCCAUGGAGCCUAGCAUGGACCAAACAGGUGCCUGGAAUACUGUUUUACCUUUUUUUAGGGGGAUUGUUUUUGGCACAGCCAAAAUUUCUAAUAACAGACCCAAUUUGUUUUUGAAUUUUUUUUGUAAUUCCAAAACUAUUCUUUAAGUAAAUAAAAAAUAAACUUUCUUUUGCUGUUU